GGACCGCGAGACGAGACGGACCCACGGACAACAACGCAACGCGCGCACAGGCGUGAACUGCUUCCCUGUCCUCGCGCUCCUUGCCGCUUCCGCGCCCCGCCCCGACCCCCGCCGGCAGCCCCCUCUCGAACCGCCUCCGCUGCACAAUCCUCCGGAGGACUCUCUCGGUUUCCCUAUGAACCCCUCCGACCCCGCUCCGCAGCUGCCCGGCCUCCUCUGCUUCAAACCCUAACCCUAGCUCCGCGCGCCGGGUCUCCCGAGUGAUUAGUUGGUGUCGUCAGCAAUGAACUUCUGCUUUCAGUGAUGUGCAGGCAAUGCCUGCUUUCGCAUUUGUUAAAUGGUGAAUGCUGAGCCCUGCUCUAUGGCUGGAAUUGUUGAUUAUGGUGUUGGGGUUGGUACCAAAUCUUCACCCCGCAGUCUGGCCAUUGAGAAAGUUCAGGAAGAGCUCAGGCAGGAGCAUGAUGUUCGUGAAGAACGGAGGAGAGAGUUGGAAUUUCUACAGAAAGGAGGCAACCCAUUGGAUUUGAAAUUUGUUCAUGUAGCAACAGUCAGUGUUCACUCCACUUCUCUCACAAAUCAAAUAGCCAAACAAAAUGUGAUAAGUUGCAGUGAAGCUAAAGGUAGUUUUACUGCAUCACCUCAUGGAGAUUCAGUUGACAGUAGCGACAAACCAGGAAGUUCACUGUGCCGCGAAACCAACACAGCAGACAAUCUUAUGGUUUUAGGUGGAGAUAACAAUGACAUUGUAGAGGAGAAAAUUGUAAAUAGAGGGACCAAAAGAUUAAAUGCAGCUCAACCCAAGCAGUCCUUGCCCACUGAUGGUCACAAAAAUGCAAAAAAAUCUGAAGGUUCUGGUUUGUCACGCCUUGGAGUGAAGAGCCAGGCAUAUGUUCGGCGCAACAGGUCAAAGGCAAGUAGGGAGAGUGCAAACGUAGCUUCUACUAAAUCUUCUGUGACUCCUGAAGGUUCUGAACCAAAAGAAGAAAAAGUUUUAGUACAGAAAAAGCAUGCAGAUGAUCAUGGUGUAUUAUCUGUUUCAGGUAUAAAACAGGCUGGAUCAAACUGUGACAAUGCACCAAAGAAUACAGCUUUUGAUUAUCAGGCAGCAAUGGAGUUGGAUGGGAUUCAAACUAUUCAUGAAAGUGACUGUGUGGUGAAGAAUGAAGUAAAGCAAGGUGACAAUAAUAGUAAAGGUAAAGAAGUGUCAUUAAAUGAUGCAAAUCGCAACCGUCUGCUUGUUGGGUGUGGUGAGAUCUCUGUGGAAGCUGCAUCUGUGGAAGUUGUUAUAAGGCCAUGUUAUUCUAGUGCAUCUACACAUGAUGAGAGAGAGUCAUGUGCUGGUGAUGAGAAGGCUGACAAUGGUCACUUGGAUAAACGUUUGGCCCAUAUUCCUGUCUGCGCUGUAGAAGCUUCUAAUAUACACAAAUAUGUGGUGGAUCCACCUGGUGAAGGAAGGAUGAGUAUUGUUGAUGAUCAUGCAGAUGGGGACAUUAAUCUGGUUGCAACGAAGAUUGAUGGAGAGUCUCAUGAAGACCUAGACAGUGUUAGACAUUCUGACAAGGCUCUCAAGCUUAGCAGGCCUACUUCUUUGAAGGAAAAAUCUGAUCCUGUACAACCUGAAGCCAGUAAUAUUCUUCAUGCAAAAGAUGAAAUGAAAGUUUGUGACAGUGCAAUAGUUGCACAGAAUGAUACAGGGUGCCCGUCUUCUGACCGCAAUAUGAAUGUUGAGGAACAUCCAGCUUUGGAUAGGAAAAACAGUUUUCUUGGGGAUUCUAACUCCACACAUCCUAUUGCUGUAGGUGCUGAUUUACCUAAAAGUCAUUUGCCUGGUGUUAUGCCUUCAUUGAAAAAUGAUGAAUCUAACACAGAGAGUGAGAUUAAAAAUUCUGAGGAGAACUUGAACAAGAUGGCAAAGAAGGCUUAUGAAGAAUCUAUUCUUAGAAAUGCUCGUGUUAUAGAGGCGAAUGUGAAGAGAGCUGGUGAACAGCCCCUGUGUAAUAUUUCUUUAGAGAAGAGGAGAAAGGGUCACUGGGAUUUUGUCCUUGAGGAAAUGGCUUGGAUGGCGAAUGAUUUCAUGCAGGAGCGUCUUUGGAAAAGUGUGGCUGUGGCUCAAGUGUGCCACUGGAUCGCCUCUGAUGGUCGGGCCAAAUUUGAAGAAGCAAGCAUUCAGAGAAAGCAGAAAACUAUCAUGAAAAGCCUUGCAAAGGGUAUCAUGAGUUUCUGGCUUUCAGCUGAGGCUUUACAAACUGCUGGCAGGAGAGCUAAAAUGAUGCAAGAACACAAUUCAACUAUGCUGGAGACAAAGCCUCUUGGAAUCAAAGCUGAAAAAAAACAUGGCAACGAAUCACUGGAAGCCGAAGAGUUCAGGCAGCCUCAGCAGUCACAGAUUCAGGAUUAUGCAGUUCGAUUUCUUGAAUAUAACAGUAGAACAGCUGAUUCUCUUGUGUUGGCUGAAGCACCACCUACCCCUGACAGGCUGAAUGACUUUGGCAUCUUGAAAGUGUCUGAUCAACUUUCAGAAGAAAGUCUCUUCUAUACAGUAGCGCCUGGGGCAAUGCUGGCAUACAGGGAGUCAGUGGAAUCCCUUUUUGAGUAUCAUAAGAAGAUUGGCAAUUCUGAACUCAAGGAUGACUAUGAGGCGGCUGUGUGUGCUUCUGCUGCAGAUUUCCCGGGGGAUAAUACAUAUGAGGAUGAAGGUGAGACAUGUGCUUAUGUAUCGCCUGAAGCAUAUGAUGGGGGUUUCUUAUCAAAAAUGAGUCACAAGGAGAAACACCUAAUGCAUCAGAGGAUUAUCAGCGCAAGGCCAUAUGAAAUAGGUACCGAUGUGCCUUAUGAACCAUGCUUGGAAAGCAAGUCAGGGAACCGGCCAUUGUUAUCGAACGGCAAAAGAUCUAGUUCCUUCCUUAUGAUUCCUACAAAGCGCAUCCGCACAGCCGCUAGGCAACGAGUUGUAAGCCCAUUUCAUGCUGGUGCUGGUGUAUCACCCCAAGUCACAAGUAAGACAGAUGUUUCAAGUGGAGACACAAACUCCUACCAAGACGAUCAAAGUUCAUUGCAUGGAGGGUCCUUGCCGUGGAGAAACAUGGAUUUUGAAUCCACAGUUGAUUUUGACAGACAAUUACCCUAUGAUGGUGUUGAAGUGUGCAGUAAAGCCAACAAGAAGAAAAAGCUUAAGAAACCGGGAUACAAGACUGCUCAAAAUGCAGCCAAUUCCUGUUCCCCAGCUGCUGUAAUGUUUCAGGGCCGGAUGUACGAGCAGAGACUGCAAGUUAAUUUGAUUACCAAAUAUGAGCAGAAGAAUUAUCUGAAGAAGAGAUCAGAGAUCCAGCAUUGUGAUUCAAAUGGAAACAGUGCUGCAAAUGGUGGUCAACAUGCUUCUAAGAAGCUUAAAAUGAUGAAGCAAGGGAUAGAUAUUUCACAGGAAGCUUCUCCUUUCGCAUCACAGAUGAGCAACAUGGCAAGUCCUGCUAGAUUUAUAAAGAUAAUUGCUAAUAGGGAUCGUGGCAGAACAUGCAAAGCACCAAAGGCUCAACUCAGGUUAAUCAGGAAGGAAGAGGCAGUAGCUUAUAGUUGUGUUAUGAGAAAACAAGGAACCAUUUGGAAAAGAAUUGGUAAGGAAACCAGUGGAUUGUCUAGGAUGGCUUCUGCUGGUGGAUGGUCAAGAUUCGAGGAUCAGGCUCUUGUUGUCCUUGUUCAUGACAUGGGUCAAAACUGGGAGCUAAUUAGCGAUGCAAUUAAUAGCAUUGUGCAGUUCAAGUCUGUACAUAGGCAACCUAAAGAAUGCAAGGAGCGCCACAAGGUUCUCGUAGAUAGAAAUUCUGGUGACGGUGCUGACAGUGCAGAAGACUCUGGUUCAUCUCAGCACUAUCAUAACUCAUUACCGGGCAUCCCAAAGGGUAGUGCAAGGCAAUUAUUUGAGCGACUGCAAGGGCCAUUCAAGGAAGAGAACCUUAAGGCACAUUUUGAAAAAAUUAUACUACUCAUGCAACAAGUGCAUUCCAGACGUAGACAGGGUAAUAGCCAGGAGCUCAAGCCUAUCAUACAACCGCACAGUUCUCAUGUUAUCACACUUUCACAAGCAUGUACGAACAACUUACCUGGGGGCGCUUUGACGCCACUUGAUCUUUGUGAUGCAAUAAGUCCAAACCUGGAUGCAAUUACACCUGGUAGUGUGUAUCCGGGUUCUCAUACAAAUGGGUUAACGCUGCCAAACCAUCAGGGUUCUGUUGGUCCUACUACUACAAAUCUGAAUUCCAGGUUACCAGGGUCUCCUGGUAUGAUUCUGGGCAGCAAUUUGCCGUCACCUUCAACAUUGAAGACUCCUAGGGAUGCUCAGAAAUGUGGUGUUCCUAGACCUACCUCUUUACAGGGUGAUGAGCAAACGAAGAUUCAGUAUAACCAGAUGGUCAACGGCAAAAAUCUUCAGCAACCUGGAGGUUCUGUUCCUGGAGUGUUUCCUGGUGGGGUUGAUCGUGGUCCUCGUAUGAUGCCUGGUGCCCAUGGUAUGGGAAUAAUGGCAGGACUAAAUCGAGGUAUGCCUGCUGCCAAGGCAGGCUUUCCAAGGAUUAGUUCCCCAGGAAUGCUAAAUGUGGUUUCAUCUGGAAAUCUGUUACUCCACGGUGAGCAAGGUGUGCCAAGUGCAGUAGAUGUCCAUCCUGGAGCCAUACCUAGCCCUGGAAAUUCAAUCUUGAAGCCACAUGAUCCUAUGCAGAGACUUCGCGUGACUCCUGGUCAGAGUAUGGAAGAGCAUAGGCGGAUGCCAGAUUUCCACAUGCAGGGUUCAUUGGGAAGUAGCGAAGCCAUCCAUUUUAGCAGCAUGAAUCCAUCAUUCUCCAACGUUGCAGCUUCACCUGUUCAGCAACCCCAAAGGCGACAUCAGAUGCCACAAUCAUCGCACAUGUUUGGAAAUUCGGACCAUUCUCAGAUUCAAGGAACCAGUUCGAGCCCACAACAGCAGGCAUGUGCUAUGAGCUUGGCUAAAGAAAGACAAAUGCAACAACAUAUGGUGCCUCAACAGCAUAGUGAUCUUUCUGGAGCAAGUGCAGUACCCAGUGUGCAGAGUGGUUCACAGAUUCUGCAGCAUAACCAAGCCUCUGCAGUCAAUCCAGUCCCUUGUUCACAACCACAGCAUCAGCGACAGCAAGCUGCACAAAAUACACCAGCUAGCUCUUCAUCUCCUAAUCAACCUGCCAGUACUACACUACAGAAGCAGAAGAAACAACAAGGUCAACAUCAGUCUAGACAAAAUCAACAACAAAGGUAUCAAGGUAGUCAACAAGCUAAGCUUAUGAAGAGCUUAGGACGAGGAAACAUGCUAAUGCCUCAGACUCCUCCAGUUGACAGCACGCCAACCAAUGCUGUUUCGACGCCUUCAAAGAAACACAUGCCUGACAAAAAAACUGAUGCAACAUGACAAAGGAUUCCCCCCUGCUAAUUCAGUACCAACUCCGUCAAUGCCUCAACCUGUGAAUCAACCUAAAGUAUACACAUCAUUUCCUCAGUCACCAAAUCAGUUGCCAGAUAUUGGUAACCAAGGCUUGAUGUCAGGUUCUUCGAGUCCAACCCUGUUAGCUUCGCAACAACCUCCACUUCAUUCUAAGUUGACAUUGACCUCACAGCAGCAGCAAAGGCAGAUCAAUCCGUCACAGAACAGCACCCAAAGAACAAUGAUGCAACAAAACCGCCAAAUGAACUCUGAAUGUAGGACAGACUCACAUAUCGACCAGGUCCAACACAAUCUGAUGGUUCCAACAACAUCUAUUCCACGGAGUACAGAUUCAGGCAGCCCUGUACUUUCAUCUCUGAACCAGCAGAAGCGUGAAACAUCACAUAAUCUGGCUUCAGUUACCUGAUCAUCUAAGGUGUUUAGCUCUCCUAAAGAUACUUUUGGGAAUGAAACAUUAUUGCCAUCAUCUAGCCAAGAUGUGCUGCAAAGGCAAAUUUCAGGUGCUUUUCCUAUGCAUGGCCAAGGUGUUGGUGUCCAGUGGAACCAGCAAGCUAGGCAGCAAUUGCAGUCUCAGCAUCAGCAGAGACCAGUUGUUCAAGGCAGUGUAUAUGCUCCUUCAAAUUCUGGGCCAGGCUGAUCAUUAAUUAAUCUGGAUUGGUCGUUUUCAGAUAGCAACCCUUCGUUCCAGUGUAAACUUACUGUACAGGUGUCCUUGCUAUGGAAGCUGUGGACGAUAGUGCUCUUAAUUUAACUUGGAACUAAUUGUACUCACCUUAAUGUCAGGUAGAUAUUUUUUCUGUGCCAUUUUAGGUCCCAACUUAAUUUUGAAGUUGGGAUAUGUUGCAUUCUAAAAUAUAGAUAGCUGGAGGUGGUUCUUGCAACGGCAAACUUUUUUUCUUGUUGGAUUGUAACCCAAAAACCUGGGCCCGGCUGUAUAUUUUUGGUAGGAGAUCCGUGCUUCUAGAUUCAGAAACUCAGGAUUAUUUAUCUUUUGUAUAGUCCUGUAUGUUUAACUUCAAGUUAGUGAAUGCAAAAAUGCGUCUUUACAUUUUA